GUAGGCGCAUACCAAACCGGCCACAAGCCCGAUCGGAUCAUCAGCCGGCUAGGGCCGAUCGCUUGCCGUCCGCACCACUGACCUUAGGCGUUCUCUCCCCAGGCGCCAGCUCCUUCUCUUUGUCCUUCUCUCUGUCUCUCUGUCUGGUAUCCAUGAUAGAACCAAAAUAAGGAUCACUCUUUCGGUAAGGUUGAUAUCACUACAAGAAAAUAGCUCUAUUGCAAUAGAAAAAUUGCGACGUCCAUUUUCGUUGAUAAUUUGUUAUGAUUAUUGCAAUAUUUUUGCAAUAAUAAAUAUUUGUUACAAUUUCAUUACAAAUUUAUUGCAAAAUAACAACUAUAACAGACAUUGCAUAUUUUUGUUACUAAAUUGCAACCUUUUGCAACAUAAACAAAUAUCUUGCAAAUUUUGCAAGAAACAUUCAACGUUUUGAAUCAUUGCUGAUUUGCAAAAUGAAAAUAUAUAAAAAAUACGUGACAAAAUAUGUGACAGUGAUCAUAUUUUUUAUUAUAUGUUUUUAUAGAGAAGAUUUUCGUAUAUUAAAUAUAAAAACUAUAUAAUAUAUAUUUAUAUUGUAUAUUUAAACAUGUAGACUAUAUUUUUUUAAUUUUCAGAUGCUUGAGAUUUUGCUAAUAUUUUAUUUUACGAAUUUAAUUUUGUUUUCAUCUAAUAUUGUAUAAUUUACUUAUUCCUAUUCAAAAAAAAAUUAUUUACAUAUUUUUUGGAAGAUAAUUAUAAAUUAAAUAUACUAUAUACAUAACAUCUUUAUCUCUUCUUUUUUUUUUCUUUUAACUCAAGUUAAGAUACGUCCAAGAUCGUCAGCAAAAAAAAAAAAGAAUAAGAAAACAAAUAAACUAGACACGUACCUUCUUCCAAAUCUUUAAGCAAAAAAACUUCUUAUCUCCGUCUCCACUUUUUGUCUCAAACCAGAAAACUUAACGAACCCUUUUUUAUGAAACAGAGCAUAUCACAGCAGCACAACAGAGACGUUAGACUUCCUGUCUUAAUCUCUCUCUAAAUCUUCUGUUUAACUCCCUUAAGUAAGUUGACUCCUUCUAUCUUCUUAUCUAUUAUUUUUCUCUCUGGUUUUAUUAGCUUUGUAGUUUAAGUCUUAUAAGGAUUAUUUGCUUAACCUCUGUUUUAAUCCUGUAAAAAAACAGAUACAAUUUGUUGCUCUUUCUUCCUUGAUUGAACGGCUCGGAACACUGACUUACGUCUACUUGUCAUACGAUUCUGCUCACACUCGGUAUGAUGAAUCUGAUAUAUGUGUUUCUUAAUUUAUGCUAUUCAACUACAGUCUCAGAAGUCUAAAUCUAGACAACUUUGAAAGGCUCGGAAAACUUACGUCUACUUGUUGACUACGUGAUAUAGGUGCCAUUCGGGAGUCUGCUGAUACCUAAUAAAUUAUUCAAAAGCAAAACUGAGAUUUUUUGAAUUUCUAAAUGUCUUCGAGUAAUGCUAAUCAUGCUAUGAGGCAAUGGAUGUAUGCAAGAAUUGAUCCCAAUACCAAUCAGGUCUCUAAUGCAUUUACAGAAGGAUUGAAAUAUUUCAUGGUUGUUGCCAAAAACCAUGUUUUAUUUACUCAAAAGCAGAAAAUAUUUUGCCCGUGUAUUAAGUGUGAGAAUAGAAAAUUUCUUGAUGAGCAAACAGUCACUGGCCAUUUAUAUAACAGAGGAUUUAUGGCCAAUUAUCUUGUUUGGGUUGCACAUGGAGAAGUGUAUGAGGUUGACAAUCACUCACGACAUGCUCAGGAAAAUACAAACACGCCCACAGAUGUUUCCAUGCAAGCUCCAAACUCUUAUGUUGAGAUGAUAAGUGAUGCCUUUAAUGAGCAUACGUCCUCUCAUGAAAGCAUUGAAGAAGAUCCCAACGAAGAAGCCAAAAGAUUUUUCAGUCUGUUAAAUGCAAGCCAAAAUCCAAUAUAUGAUGGAUGUCGAGAAGGACACUCACAAUUGUCAUUGGCGGCUCGAUGUAUGACACUGAAAACAGACUAUAACUUGUCUGAGAAGUGCAUGGAUUAUAUUGCUGAAAUGUUGAAAGACUACAUGCCUGCAGAUAACAAUGCCACUGCUUCAUACUAUGACACAAAGAAACUGAUGCGGUCUUUGGGGCUGCCUUACAAAAAGAUAGAUGUGUGUCAGAAUAAUUGUAUGAUCUUCUGGAAAACCGACGCAGACCUAGAAAGCUGUAAAUUCUGUGGAGCUGCGAGAUUCAAAAGUACAAAAAAACCUGGAAGAAAACAAGUUCCUUUUCGACAAAUGUUUUAUCUGCCAAUAGCUGAUAGACUGAAAAGAUUAUAUCAGUCAAAGAAGACAGCUUCACAUAUGAGGUGGCACAAAGAACAUUAUUCAACUCAGGACAGUAAUGUAAUGAGUCAUCCAUCAGAUGGUGAAGCAUGGAAACACUUUAACCAGGUAUAUCCUGAUUUUGCCAAUGAAUCUAGAAAUGUCUAUCUUGGUUUGUGCACAGAUGGAUUUAAUCCUUUUGGUAUGUCUGGUCAAAAUUAUUCGUUGUGGCCGGUGAUUCUUACUCCAUAUAAUCUACCACCUGACAUGUGUAUGAAACGUGAGUUUAUGUUUCUCACAAUAUUAAUCCCUGGUCCAAACCAUCCAAAAAGGAGUUUAGAUGUGUUUUUACAGCCUCUCAUAGAGGAGCUUAAUGGUUUAUGGACUGAUGGAGUUGAGUCAUAUGAUGUAUCGCUGAAGCAGAACUUUACAUUACGAGCUAUGCUUUUAUGGACGAUCAGUGAUUUUCCCGCUUAUGCUAUGUUAUCUGGAUGGACAACUCAUGGUCGUUUAGCAUGUCCUUAUUGUAUGGGUGACACUGAAGCUUUUUGGCUGAAGCAUGGAAGGAAAACAUGUUGGUUUGAUUGUCACCGUCGUUUUCUUCCAAAAGACCAUCCUCUACGCCGAAACAAGAAAAAAUUCAAAAAAAAUAAAGUAGUUGAUUCUGAUCCACCAACGAUAUAUUCAGGCGAAGAUUUAUGGAGUGAUCAUGUGAUGGGUUUACCAAAGACUGUUAACUGUGGAGGAGAAGGACAUCCAAAAAUAUCGGGAUACGGUGAGAAACAUAAUUGGCAUAAGCAGAGUAUAUUUUGGGAAUUACCUUAUUGGAAACAUCUUCUUCUUCAUCAUAAUCUUGAUGUGAUGCAUAUAGAGAAGAAUUUUUUUGAUAAUAUCAUCAAUACAUUGCUGAAUGUUCAAGGAAAAACAAAAGACAAUGUUAAAUCCCGUCUUGAUUUGGCUGAUAUUUGCAAUCGGAAAGACCUGCAUAUGACUAGUGACGGAAAAGCUCCAGUUCCAUUAUUUAGAUUAUCUCCUCAAUCCAAGACAUGUCUAUUUAAUUGGUUGAAAAAGGAAGUUAAAUUUUCUGAUGGUUAUUCAUCAAAUCUAUCUUCUUCGGUUGAUUUUAAAGGAGGAAAGCUUUCUGGAAUGAAGAGUCAUGAUUGUCAUGUUUUUAUGCAAAGAUUACUUCCAAUAGCUUUUGCGGAGUUAUUACCUAGCAACAUCCAUCAAGCAUUAUCGGGUAUUUAUUCUAUGUACAUAUAAUUCUUCUUACAUAAGUGAUGAAUACAAAUAUUGAUAAUUAUUUUCUUACAGGUAUAAGUUUAUUCUUUCGUGAUCUAUGUGCACGGACCUUGGACAAAGAUUCUGUGGAGAUAUUAACUAGCAAUAUUGCUAUUAUCUUGUGUAACUUGGAAAAAAUAUUUCCACCAUCUUUUUUUGAUGUGAUGGAGCAUUUGAGCGUUCAUCUCCCUUACGAGGCAAAACUAGGUGGUCCAGUCCAAUUUCGAUGGAUGUAUGCAUUUGAACGAUAUAUGUAUCAUUUGAAGAAGAAGGCAAAAAAUAAAGCUAAAAUUGAAGGAUCCAUCGUAGAACAAUAUGUUAACGAGGAAAUUUCAGAUUUUUGCUCAUAUUAUUUUGAAGCUUAUAUCAGGACUAAAAGUCGCAAUGAUUCUCGCAAUGAUGAUGGAGGUGGCGUCCAUAACAACUUAUUUCCAGAUAUUUCUGAAAUAUUUUUACAAGGUGGAAGAGGCAGUGGAAAAUCUUUGGACUUUUGGUUGGCCUCAAAAGAUUAUCAAUGUAGCUGAUCAUAUGCUUGAAGAUGAUAUCUUAGUCACAGAAGAGCUAACUUCUGAGAAGAAGAAUCAAAUGUAUUUGAAGGUAAUGCAAUAGUUCUAAAAAUCUUUUUAUUUUCCUAGAUUUCUUCAUAGAUUUUUUUUUGUCUUACAUAUAUUAUAUUCUACAGUUGGUUGAUUCAACACAAGGUCGUGUGUUUGGUCUUGGAGCUCUUCUUAGUGAGGUUUCCCUCAAUGCUAAAAUGCCAGUCACCAUUGAAACCCACUUAGAAAAUGAUGAGUUCAAGAAAAAGGUGGAAGACAUUUCUCAAGAAAAUGAAGAUAUCAAAGAAAGGCUGAGCAAACUUGAAGGCUUGGAGAAAAUGAUUGCCAUCCUUUGUCCAGCUAUUCUAUCCAGGGGUGUCAACAACAACCAAGUUUAAAUUGGCUGCUUUUGUUAUUUUUCGAAGGUUUUAUUAGUUUUAUUCUAGUUUUAAAUUAUUGCUAGAUUUUCUCUAUUAAUGCAUUGUUGAUUUUUUUGAAUAUUUUAGUUUAUUUAAUAAAAUUGGUCAUUUGACUUUUGUUUAUUAUAAAAUAUAUAUAUAUCAUAAAAGUUAAAUAACACAUCAAAUAUUGCUUAUAAAAAAACAAUUAAUCUAUGCAACGUUGUUGAUAUCUACUAAUUUUAUUAAAAUAUUAAUUGUUAACCAUAUAGUAGCCACGUAAAAAACAUUGGCAACAAAUGUACUAUUUAAAAAUAAUUAUAGGAAAAUUUGCAACAAAAUUAGCUACAUCUUUUAUAUAGCAAAUUUUGUAACAAUUUUAAUUGCAACGUUAAAAUUGUACCAAAAUAUUUUUCUAUAUAUUUUGUUGCAUUAAUAUUACUAAAUUUCAGAAAACAAUAAUCGCAAAUUUGCAAUGUUGUUUACUAUAUAUUUUACGUAGCAAUGACUUGCCACCAUUUAUGGUUACAAAAUAUGUUGUAAAUAUACAACAAAAUUGCUAUAAAAAAAUUGUUGCAAUAAUAUGACAUAUAUAGCAACAUUUCAAUUUGUUGCUAAUUUUGCUACGUAUAUGCAACAAACAUGGAUUUGCAACAUUCAAACAGCAAGAAGUUAAAAUUUGUUGCAAUUUUAUUGCAAUUUUAUAUUUGCAACAAUAUAUGAGCAUAUUGCAACAAUAUAUCAUUAUUG